AUGGAGUUUGAGGUGAGAGUAGUAGGGGGAAUAGAGAGUUGCUAUGUAUCUCUACCACUCUCACUCAUCCAAACCCUACAGUCCGGUUAUCUUCCUCCAAUUCUUGCAGUUGAACUUCGCUCCGGUGCUAACCUCUGGCAUGUGGCGUGGUCCGGUUCCCUUUCCUCUUCAUCUCCUUCCUCAAUUGAGAUUGCUAAGCAGUAUGCGGAGUGUAUUGGAUUAAGUGACCGUACGGUGGUUAAAGUACGAAUUGUUAGCAAUUUACUGAAAGCUACGCUUGUGACGGUUGAGCCUCUCACGGAGGAUGAUUGGGAGAUUGUCGAGCUCAAUUCCGAGCUUGCUGAAGAAGUUAUUCUGAAGCAGGUUUUCGCUCAAUUGUGCAUGUUUGGCCAAGCUUUAAGCUUAAAAAAUUUACUUAUAAGUUUACUUGCUCGUAAAAGAUUAAGUUCUAAAAUAAAUGGUCCUUUUUUUCUAAUUACAGUCGGGAUUGUCCAUGAAGAAAUGAAAUUUCCUCUGUGGUUGCAUGGGCAAACAAUUGUUAAUUUUCUUGUUGUCUCAACCUUACCCAAGAAACCAGUAGUCCAACUUGUUCCUGGAACUGAAGUAGCAGUUGCCCAAAAGAGACGCAAAAGGAUAUUAGAUCCUCUUGAAGAUUCGUCCAUACAAGCUAUAAAGAGAGAUCAUUCUAUCACGAAAGCACUACUGAGAGUCCAAGAUUCAGACUCUAGAUUUCUUCACAACUAUAAGGUGGAUGAUAUCACGAUGGAUGUUGUCUUCACUUCUGCUGUCUUUAUUCAUCCAGAAACAGCGAAAAAAUAUUCUUUCAGCUCUUCUCAGUUAGUAGUGAUAUCUCCUAGAUUUCUAACCAAAGAGAACAAGAAAAAUCAUGAAAGAGAAGGUCUACAUAUUAAAAGCAGUUCUACUGAAAAGGAACUCAACAGUGGAAUUCUUGCUGAUAAGCACGAUAACCAUCAAGUUAUUGUUCGUCUAUUAUUCUCAGAGUCAGUGGCAAGAGGACAUGUAAUGCUUGCCCAGUCUCUUCGACUUUAUCUGGGAGCUGGAUUACAUUCAUAUAGCCAUUCAUUGUUUUUCUGGAGCAUUUACCUAGACACUCACAAUUACUUGAGCUCGGUCUGUUCAGCUGUUAUCUUCCAGUAUGAGAAAAGAAUAUUUCUUGGGGUAGAUGUGAAGAGAUGCAACAUUAACGAGAAGAAAGACAUUCCUUCAGUUUCAGUUUCACCUUGCCAAUUGAAGUCAUUUCCAAAGAAGGAAGCUUUUGCAAAUAAUGGUGCGGAAUUUCUAAAUGCCCACAAUAAUCAUAAAACAAAAGAUGUGCUUCGCGGGACCAACACAAAUGCUGAAAUGGGUGCUGGAGGUUGGUCAACACAUGAGAAGAUUUUUGCAUCUUUGUUUGCUGAAUCUUGUGGCAAUGGGACUGAAGAAAUUGUUACCAAGGCCGGAACUAAAAGGGCUGUAACUACUCUUGUGCGUGCAUGGUGUCAAGCUCAACUUGAUUCCAUUGUUUCGAGUACAGGGUUAGAUAUAAAUUCUUUGGUUAUCGGAAACAAAUCAUUACUUCACUUGAAAGUGCAGGAUUACAGACUAACCAAUCAUGGUAAGGUACAAAAACCUAAUGCCCAUUUCCCAAAAACAAGGAAUCAAACCAAAGCACCAGAUGUUGAUGUCCUAUAUGUUUUGUCACUCUUUGAGGAUUCUCUUCAUGGUGAAAGUCUUGACGCAUACGAACUUGUAUUUGAUGAAAAAGGUGGGGAUUUGAGAAAUUUAGAUGUUUUGCUUGAAAAGCUGCAGUUGGGUGAUGCUGGUUCAGGAAAAACAUUAUUGGCCAGAGUCUCUGCAACAUCCGUUGAAAGACAUGAAGACAUCUUGGCACACAUAGUUUUUGUAUCUUGUUCCAGACUUGCUUUACAGAAGCCUUCAAGCAUUCGUCAGGCACUUUCGGGCUACAUAACUGAAGCUUUAGAUCAUUCGCCCUCUGUCAUCAUCUUAGAUGAUCUUGAUAGCAUCAUUACCUCUUCCUCAGAGCUGGAAGGAUCUCAACCUUCAUCCUCUUCAGCUGCACUCAUAGAAUUUCUCAAUGAUAUAUUAGAUGAAUAUGAGCUUCUUUAUGAUCUAUUACCAGCUGGCUGUACCUUUUUAGUUGGAAACUUACUGCCUACUGAUACCUGUAGCUUGUGGAGUUCUACUGUCUUGCCUGAGAAAAGCAGGACUGCUUGCGGAAUUGGCCCCAUUGCUUUCAUUGCUUGUGCACAGACCCUGACUAAUAUUCCACAGAGCUUGAGCUCGUCUGGGAGAUUUGAUUUUCACGUUAAGCUGCCAGCUCCGGGUGCCUCAGAACGUUCUGCUUUAUUGAAGCAUGAGAUCCAGAAGCGAUCCUUGCAAUGUUCCGAUGAUGUGUUGUUAGAUAUUGCAUCCAAAUGUGAUGGAUAUGAUGCUUAUGAUCUGACACCUUUCUUUUUACCUGGAAGAUACCUAGUUGGCACUUCUCCAUUUUGUUCCUUGAUAAUUUCUAUGUAUAGUGAAGUUAUAUAUGAUAUAGCUCUUUUGGAGACAACAUGGCUCAUAAGAAUAUACUUAGAAACAUAUUGUCAUUUCAGGAAAUACUGGUUGAUCGGUCAGUACAUGCUGCCAUUGGUCGCUUUUUGUCCAAUGAUUUGA